UCUGCUGCAGACGAGCCUCAGAGACCCAGGUAUUCUGCCCAGAGCCACCCCCAGUGAGGCUGCAGACCUGGAGAAACGGAUUGAUAGCAUGGGCACCUCCACCUACCGCCCGCCUGCCCGGACAAUGGAAGUGGUUAUAAACAAAUACGUGGUGAAAUUAAAGUACUGCUAUACCUGCAAAAUGUUCCGACCCCCCAGGACCUCUCACUGCAGCGUCUGUGAUAACUGUGUAGAGCGGUUUGAUCACCACUGCCCCUGGGUAGGCAACUGCGUGGGGAAGCGCAACUAUCGCUACUUCUACGCCUUCAUCCUCUCCCUCUCCUUCCUGACGGCCUUCAUCUUUGCUUGUGUCGUCACCCACCUCACUCUGCGCUCUCAGGGAAGUGGAUUCCUCACCACUCUGAAGGCAACACCGGCGAGCGUGCUGGAGUUGGUGAUAUGUUUUUUCUCAGUCUGGUCUAUUUUGGGCCUCUCAGGUUUUCACACUUACCUAGUCGCCUCCAACCUGACAACGAAUGAAGACAUCAAAGGGUCGUGGUCAAAUAAGAGAGGCUCAGAGUUUGCCAAUCCCUACAGCCAUAAGAGUAUCCUCACCAACUGCUGUGCAGUAUUGUGUGGGCCAUUCCAUCCCAGUUUAAUAGACAGAAGAGGAUUUAUCCAGCCUGAUGCCGGGACCCCGUCCAGUCCCAAGAGUGAAAUCCCCUCCUUUGGAGCCAAGACUGACACCAGCAUGGUUAGAUGGCUUCUUCCAGCUGCGAGGCUUGCCUGCCCACUGUAAGCACUCCCCGCAGGAUCAGGCUGGAAGGUAUGCACAGCUGCAAACCCCAGCAACUUGGUGUGGCCCGAUGGUUUCUCGGGGUUUCAUCGUUCAGCUGCUGAAAUUUGACACAGCUCAAACUGCAUCUUCCUUCAGAGGCCUUAAGUUAAGCACCCUUCUCCCAUCCCCCUCUCCCUCUAACCCAGUCCAGUGCUGUCCCAGGAUCUGAGAGUGGCCUGAGACAGAGCGCCCUCUCUCUGACACAGUCUGCCCUGUCCUUGCCAGCGGAUGCUGAAGUGCAUAAUCUCUGGUGUCUUCCCCAGGAGGAUGCCUGCCAGGACUUUGCCAUUUCCUGCACUGCCUGAUGGGAUCUAACACCCCGCUUUCUGGAUGUUAGCCCUGCUUUCUGAGGGGUAGUUGGUAAGAAAGCACUUUCUUCUUCUCUCCCCAGUCCAGUGACUCAUCUCAUCCUCCCUGCAUGAUUUGCUCUGUACAGGAAGCCCCAGCUACCCUCUGGUUUGUGUAGGCAUUGGUGUGUAGUGUGUGCGAAGAGCCCUGCUGGGCAGUGAGCCAUGCUAGGCUGUGUGGUAUGUAGGAUUAUCCCCAGCCUUGCAGAGGAUUAGGGAAAGUUUCAUUGCACUGCACUGCAGACUGAGUGGAGGCAGAGCAGAUGUGCUUGGCUGAGAGCUGCCGUGCAUUACUUUGGGUUUAGGCCAGUUGUUACUAGAGCUGCAGGGUUUAGAGAGUAGUGAGGAUUGGACUUAGUUUGGAGGGAGAUGGGAUGCACGGACAGAAGGGUUAGGGCAGUAGGGCUUUAAGCCCUGAAUGGUGGCUGCAAAGAGGCUGGAUUGCAGUGUUGACUUUUAGCCCUGGCAAACGAGAUGCUGCUGUGGGUGGAAGAGAAGCUCUGCUGAUGCAGGGAUGUGACAUUCACAGCAAGGUGUGGCGUGACCACAGGACUGGGAGCCAGGAACAGAUUCGUAAUCCUGGCUCUGUCACUGAUGCACUUUGUGACUAAGUCACUUCCCCUUUCUGUGCCUCAGUUUUCCUCUCUGUAACAUGAAACUCAUCCUUCAACAUGCCUGUGACACCGGUGAGUAAUUUGUAAAAGUGCUUUGAAGAGAACGUAGUGUUACAUCAGUGCUCAUUACUCCGUGACGACGGCAGGGGAUUCUGCAGGGACAGCCCUGCUAACACUUGCAUAACUGCGCUUCUCCUUCUUUCCACACACCGCUAAUGAGCGAGUGUCCGCCAGAAGGGGAGCACUGAUAAUGCCCAGCUGCCAGGAAGCGGGAUGGACCCUGCCAGUGUCUAUUCCCUGUCUUCUCUGCACAGUCCAUAGAACAGUUUGUAUUUAUGACACGAAGUCAGCUAUCCCUGGAGCCUGUUCCACUGCUGGUGCCGCCGCUGUUCUCCGCCAUGUGCUAUCCACAACAAGUGUGGGUGCAAAGGAAGUCAUGACCUAGCAGCUGUGGAGUAAACCGAUAGUUACACACCUGCAGAGUGUCUAGUGGUGGCUGCACGUGUCUUGCUCCGAUUCCCCUUCCUCCUCCUCUUCCUCUCCCUGCUGAGUGCUGUCUUGCUCAUGUGGUAGUCUCCUAAUCACCCCCUCUCCUACUGCAUGAUGCUUGAGAGCAUUGGUCAGUAAUUACUCCCUUAUCUGUCUUGUUUUGAGGGGUCUAAACAGCUGAUGCUUGCCUGGCAUGGGUGUUACCAGAGGUCAGCUGCUUCAGCUCCUGAGGAGAGUGUUGCUGGAGCCUCGCUUGUGCUGCUAACACAGGACUGGCAAUGAUCUGACCCCAUCCUGUUCUGUUAUUUCCUGUAGCUGGCUUGGAGGAUCCACUCCUGCUCUUGCUCCUGUUUCCUGACUCACUCUGGUAUUUCUUGUACUAACCCUCUCUUUCUCUCCUCCACUUUCCUUUCCCUGCACUGACGGGGGGAAAUCCAGUAUGUUCAGGGGACUAAAGCGCUCUUGAGGACACGGAUAAUACCUGAAACAGCAGCCAUUACCACCGCCUGUGCCUCCCCACGCCAGGGCUACGCUACUGCACCUCGGUCCCUCCCGUGGCAAGAGAGGGAGGAAAGCUGCUGUGCACGUGGGAAAGCCUUUCCAAACCCGCGUGUGGAGCUGACGCACGCUGCUGUCCCAUGGGUUUGAAGCAUAAAGCCAUAAAUGCAUCUGUUCUGAGUGCAAUAACUGGAGUUUUUACCGUCUCCUGCUGCUGGAAAGAGACUCAUGCAACUGAACCAAGGCCCUCGCUGGCUCCUUGGAACUAGCCUUACUCUGCAGUGCCGGUGUCGCCCCCUCAAUAGACUGAAGAUGUAAUUAUAGUUAUUUAGUUGAGCAGGUACGUGAGACUUUACCAGGUUUAGUGCGGUGUGUUCACAGCUGGUUAAGUGGGCUUGUGAAGCAGAAUUCUGCCAGAGCUGGCCAGCGGCCGCCUCCCCAGCCGUGAGCUGCUCGCGCCGUAUGUAUGCAGGCAAAGGACUCUCCUGUCUCUGCGGUAGUUAGUGUGUGUGAAGAGUUCACCUUUCAAACACUUACUAGUAAGUUCUGUGUUUUCUGUCUCUUAGGAUACACUAGUUUAGAGGAAGGGAUUAAGUGCAGUAGUGGUUUCAGUAGUGACUUUUGCAGCCCCUGUGUAGAUUCCUCUGCUACUGCCAUCAGCAUUAUUGAAAGGACAGAGCAGAAAAGAGGGGAAGGAAGCUGGAUGCUCUAACACUCUAGCAGCCACUGGGCAAACCAAGUAGGGUUUGUAAAAGGGAGCUAGUGUCAAACCGUGAGCCCCCACCCCUUGUCAGCUAGGCUACAGUCUGGUAGGGUUUGAAAUCCAUUUAUGCCUUUUACUUUUUGUAACAAAAUAAAG